GCCAGUAUGAUGGCGGAACAGGACGUGGAAAACGAGCUUCUGGAUUAUGAGGAAGAUGAAGAGCCCCAGGCUCCUACAGAGAGCACCCCAGGACCCCGCCAGAAAGAUGUCAAGGGGGCCCACGUUUCCAUCCACAGCUCUGGCUUCCGGGACUUUCUGCUGAAGCCUGAGCUCCUGAGGGCCAUAGGGGACUGUGGCUUUGAGCAUCCAUCUGAGGUUCAGCACCAGUGUAUUCCCCAAGCCAUCCUGGGCAUGGAUGUCCUGUGCCAGGCCCAGUCUGGAAUGGGCAAGACUGCAGUCUUCGUGCUGGCCACCCUACAGCAGAUCGAGCCCGUCAAUGGACAGGUGUCCGUGUUCUUCGGGGGUCUUUCCAUCAAGAAGGACGAAGAGGUGCUGAAGAAGAGCUGUCCCCACGUCGUGGUGGGGACCCCAGGCCGCAUCUUGGCACUCGUGCGGAACAGCAGCCUCAACCUGAGAAACGUGAAGCACUUCGUGCUGGACGAGUGUGACCAGAUGCUGGAGCAGCUGGACAUGCGGCGGGAUGUACAGGAGAUCUUUCGCCGGACGCCACGCGAGAAGCAGUGCAUGAUGUUCAGUGCCACGCUGAGCAAGGAGAUCCGGCCCGUCUGCCGGAAGUUCCUGCAAGACCCCGUGGAGCUGACGGUGGACGACGACACCAAGCUCACGCUGCAUGGGCUGCAGCAGUACUAUGUCAAGCUCAAAGAGAGAGAAAAGAACCGUAAACUCGUCGACCUCCUGGACGUGCUAGACUUUAACCAGGUGGUGAUCUUCGUGAGGUCGGUGCAGCGCUGCAUGGCCCUGGCCCAGCUGCUCGUGCAACAGAACUUCCCAGCCGUCGCCAUCCACAGGGCCAUGGCGCAGGAGGAGCGCCUCGCACGCUACCAGCAGUUCAAGGACUUUCGGCGGCGGAUCCUGGUGGCCACCGAUCUGUUUGGCCGAGGCAUGGACAUUGAGCGAGUCAACGUCGUCUUCAAUUAUGACACGCCUGGGGACUCGGACACCUACCUCCACCGGGUGGCCCGAGCCGGCCGCUUUGGCACCAAAGGCCUGGCUAUCACUUUUGUGUCUCAUGACAAUGAUGCCAAAAUCCUCAAUGAGGUUCAGGGUAGGUUUGAAGUCAAUGUGGCGGAGCUUCCUCAAGAAAAGGACAUGUCCACAUACAUCCAUGUCAGGUCACCACACACCUGA